GAGACGCGCCGUUGACCCGCGGGUUCCGCGAAGCCAGGAGCAGCUGGUGGGUGAGGGCGCUGCCCGUAAGCCCUGUGGUCCUUGUGGUCGGUGGUUCCGGGAGGCGCCCAGGACUUCGGGACACUGCGAUGGCCAAACUUCUGCAACCUCCACCCAAGUUCCUGCCGUCCGAGUGGCAGGUGGCUAACAAGAGCCAGUACCACCGAGCAGAGGCCCAGCGGUCCCGCUCCGAGCGCCUGGUGGCAGAAAGCCAGAGGCUUGUGGAGGAGAUUGAAAAGACCACAAGAAGGUCUCAAAGCGAUGUGAACAAGAAACUAGAACAGAGGCUCCAGGAGGUCAGGUUCUGGAAGAAGGAGCUGGACGAGAAGCUUGAGCAGCUGGUGUUGGUCACGGAAGAGCUGCUCACCUACCGGACCAGACUGCAGAACGCACUGGACGGCCUGAAGGGGCCCCUGCACAUCACCCAGUUGUGCCUGGAGUACAGGGAGAGGCGGGUCGGCAUCGACCUGGUGCACGAUGAGGUGGAGCAGGAGCUGGUGAAGGAGGCUGAGGUCAUCCGCGGGGUGACGGCCUUGCUGACGCGCACCGUGGAGGAGGCGUCCGAGCAGAUCAGGCUGAACCGCUCGGCCAAGUACAAGCUGGAGAAGGACCUGAAGGACAAGUUUGUGGCCCUGACCAUCGACGACGUUUGCGUCUCCCUCAACAACAACUCCCCGAACAUCCGAUACUCGGAGAGCGCCACGCGGGUGGAUCCCCGCUCUGUGAGUCUGGAGGACUGGCUGGACUUCUCCAACGCCAACGUGGAGAAGGCUGCCAGGCAGAUCACCAGCUCCCUGGAGCUGAAGGCCCUGGCGGACCGGCUCCUGUCCCAGACGGCCGGCGACCUGCGCAGGCAGUGCGACGCGGUGGACGUGGCCUUCCGGAACGGGCUGAAGGAGACCAAGGACGCCAGGGACAAGCUGGCCACUCACCUGGCCAAGGUCAUGGAAGAGAUCGCCAGCCAGGAGGAGAACGUCACAGUUCUUGGAAAGGCCAUCGCUGACCAGGAGGGGCCUGCCAAGGUGGCUCACACGCGCCUGGAGACCAGAACACGCCGGCCUAACGUGGAGCUGUGUCGCGACGUCGCGCAGUAUCGGCUGGUCAGGGAGGUGCAAGAGAUUGCCCACAACGUCGCCAGGCUCAAGGAGGCCUUAGCGCAGGCGCAGGUGGAGCUGAAGGGCCUGAACCGCAGGCAGCUGGCCCUCCAGGAGGAGCUCCAGGUGAAGGAAAACACCAUCUACAUCGACGAGGUGCUGUGCACCCCCAUGAGGAAGUCCAUCCCCCCUCGGGGCGGGGGCGACCAGGGCGAGUGGGCGGGGGGCCUCCACCCCGACGCCGUCUGCUGAAAGUGCAGAUGGUGAGGACGCUGAUUAAACAUGUCACAGUCGG